AAGAAUUCUAGUUAGGGUUUGCGUGUCAAUAUUUAUGCUUCUGAUUCAGCAGCUCUCGUUCUCUCUCCUUCAGUCAAUUCCAGCCACCGUUCACCACCCUUGUUCUAGGGUUUUUCUUCAGUGAUUCGGGAACCUAAUUGACCGUGAACGAUGAGUAAGCUUCAGAGUGAGGCGCUGAGGGAAGCCAUCACUGUGAUUGUUGCAGAUGCCAAGGAGAAGAAGCGCAACUUCACCGAGACUGUUGAGCUCCAGAUUGGACUCAAGAACUAUGAUCCCCAAAAGGACAAGCGUUUCAGCGGCUCUGUUAGGUUGCCCCAUAUUCCAAGGCCAAAAAUGAAAAUCUGCAUGCUUGGAGAUGCCCAACAUGUUGAGGAGGCUGAGAAGAUUGGCCUUGAGUCCAUGGAUGUGGAAGCAUUGAAGAAGUUGAAUAAAAACAAGAAAUUGGUGAAGAAGCUAGCAAAGAGGUAUCACGCUUUCUUGGCCUCAGAAGCAGUCAUCAAGCAGAUACCACGUCUGUUGGGACCUGGUCUGAACAAGGCAGGUAAGUUCCCCACUCUCGUGACUCACCAGGAGUCUCUUGAAUCCAAGGUGAACGAGACCAAGGCUACCAUUAAGUUCCAAUUGAAGAAGGUGCUCUGCAUGGGUGUCGCUGUUGGCAACCUCGAUAUGGAGGAGAAGCAGAUCUUCCAAAACGUGCAAAUGAGCGUCAACUUCCUUGUUUCUCUUUUGAAAAAGAAUUGGCAAAACGUGAGGUGCUUGUUCUUGAAGAGCACCAUGGGAAAGCCACAACGUAUCUUCUGAUAAAUUUAUAAACUUCUGUUUUUCAAGCCGUAGAAACUACUUAAAACUUCCCAGACAUGGGAAUUUUUGUUUCUCUUUUUUGUGACUUUGAUCCUGGAUUUAUUAUGGAAGCACCUUUGUAUUUGGUUA